UGAGAAGAGAGUUCAUUGGUUCAUUGUCAAUUCUUUAAUAAGGAAAUCAGUCGUUGUUCAAUUAUUCAAGAGAAAACAUCGAAAAUGAAGUUCAUCAUCACUUUGAUCGCAGUUUGUGUAGCUAUUGCUGCUGCCGGAGAAAUUUGGGAAGGAAAAGUGUAUAAAAACUAUGAAUCAGUCAAUUUCAACGACUAUAUGAAGGAGCUCGGUGUUGGUUGGUUCCUUCGUAGCGUUGGUAAUAGCGUUUCGCCAACCGUUGAAUUGCGGAAAAUGGAUGGAAAUAAAUACAAAUUGAUCACCAAAUCAACAUUCAAAGAUACCGAACUCAAUUUUGAAUUGGGCAAAGAAUUUGACGAAGUGACAUUGGAUGGACGUAACGUGAAAAGUGUGAUGACAUUGGAAAACAAUGUAUUAACACAAAAACAAGGCGGCGAUCCACCAUCCACUAUUAUUCGUGUGUUUGGUGAGAAGGAAAUGGUUGCAACGAUGUUGGUCAAAGAUGUUAAUUGCACUCGUAAAUAUAAGGUCGAAGAAUAAUUCGAUUUAAUUUAGUUUUCGUCUAACAAAAAACAUUCCAAUACAAAUACAUACUCAAUCACAACAUCUACGUACAUACACACAUAUAUCACGAAGACGUCACCAUAUCUAACCAAACAAGGUGUACAUGUUCAAAUAGUUCCGACUUUUAUGCGAUGAAAAAAACAAACAAUAAUCUUGAGAUGAAAAAAAUUGCCAGUGAAAAUAUAUAGCUCGUUUUUAGUUGAUCUUUUUUUUUUCUUUGUAACGUUCAGUUGAAAUAUAUUAUUAAUACUUAUCGCUAUCUCACAUAUAUAUAACAAUGUACAAUGGAAUUGAAAGACGAAAGAGAAAAUAAAACCGUAUAAGAAUUA